UUUGAUAGAAUUUUCUUUAUAACGAUCAAAUUCCACAUUAAAUUUAUUUCUAAAAAUAAUAUUUACAAAUAUAUUAGUAUAUUCUUUAAAUGAUAUGCCACUUUUGAACUUUCCCAAACCUUGAACUAUUGCCAUCCCAUCAAAAAUGAGACAAGUUUUGCCAGAGUCAGUAAGUGCAGGUACAUAUUUGAUCUAAUCAAAAAAGGAACCAAAAAAGACAUCGAAGAAGACGACCUUUACGAAGUAACAAAACAAUGCAAAUCAAAAUUAUGUGGAGACAAGCUAGAACAAGAAUACUUGAAGAAACAUGGAAAACCGCCAUCAUUAUUUAAAAUGCUCUUUAACAUAUACGGGCUGAAAUGUAUAUUAUGGGGCAUAACUCAGUUAAUGGCUGAAUUAUUAAAAAGUGUUUUGGAACCAAAUGCCUUAAGCAACCUAGUAUAUUACUUCACUCCAGGACAAACCAAAAUGACCAAAGUUGAUGCUUACUCCAACGCAAGUUUAAUAUUAUUUUCCACAUUUUUUCAAAAAAUGUACUUUUACAACUACGAUUUAUACCUCUGCAUGAUUGCAAUUGAAGUAAGAACGUCUGUGUGUUCCUGUUUAUUCAGGAAGGUCCUUAAAUUGAGUCCUGCGGCAGUAUCACAGAGUAAUUUAGGAAAUAUCGUCACUCUGAUUACUAAGGAUGUUCAACAGAUUAGAAGAAGCAUGUUUGUCUAUAACGAUUUAUGGGUUUUUUCGUUGGUAGUAUGCACAACCUGUUACUUGCUCUAUUCAAGAAUUGGAGCUGUUUCUUUGAUAGCUAUAGGAGUCUUUAUUUGUGCUAUACCAUUAGAAGUUUUCAUUGGAAGAUUAAUAAAUAAACUACGGAUGCAGACCAGUGUAAAAACUGAUCAGAGGCUUCAAGUUACACAAGAAGUACUAACAGCCAUUAAGAUAAUAAAAAUGUACACAUGGGAGGAGUUUUUCUAUAGAAGAAUUGAUUGGGCACGAAGAAAAGAAGUAGCAAAAAUGCUUUUAGUGUUCUAUCUUCGAAUGAUUCUCUUGCUACUGGGCACUCUAGUAUCUAAAAUUGGUCUUUAUCUACUCAUCAUGGCUUACAUAUGGAUGGAGGAACCUAAUGAUGCUUCAAUUAUUUUUUUUAUCACAGCUCACUUCGAUACUUUAAGAAUAUUUUUUGCUCAUAUCCUACCAGAUUCGUUUGGAAAAAUCGCGGAACUUUCCACAGCGAUGUCAAGGAUAAGCAAAGUAUUAGUUGCAGAAGAAGUAAAGGAUAAUACGAAAGAUGAACAUCAAAAAACAAUUAUUAACCCUUUAAUUGAAUUGAGAAAUGUAACAGUUUGUAUUGAAGAUACUGAUAUUUUAAAAGAAGCCAAUAUUAGUGUACAAUCAUCUGGACUUACUCUUAUAACUGGUAGAGUAGGCACUGGUAAAAGUUGCUUUUUGAAAACUAUUUUGCAAGAGUAUCCUCUCGUGACCGGAAAAGUUGUAGUUAAAGGAACAGUUUCUUAUGCCUCUCAAAAUCCAUGGUUGUUUCCUGGAACAAUUAAACAAAAUAUUUUAUUUGGAGAAAAAUUUGAUGAAAAAAGAUAUCAAGAAGUACUAAGAGUGUGCGCUCUUCAAUACGACUUAAAUCUUUUCGAAAAAGGAGACGAAACCAUUUUAUCUGACAAUGGACAAAAUUUGAGCAAAGGCCAACAAGCUAGAGUGAAUCUAGCCAGAGCAAUUUAUAAACAAAGCGACAUUUACCUGCUUGAUGAUUGUCUUUCUGCCUUAGAUACACAUGUGCAUAAUUUUAUUUUCAAUCAGUGUAUAAAAACUUAUUUAAAAAACAAAAUUUGUAUCUUGGUCACCCAGAAUCAAAAUAAGUUUAAAAAUGAAGAGAACGUUUUUGUUAUGAUCAACGGUAAAAUUAAAAAUUAUUUUAGCCCUAGACAAAGAUCCUUACAAGAUAUGCAGUUGUUAAAAGAAUCUAUACUAGGUAUAAAAGAAAAAUCAUCAUUACAAGAAAAUUUUAAAUCACUAGAAACUGAUAAAUUGUUGGAAACAGAACAGAUCAUCCAUAAAAAUAUAUACGAAGAAAAACUAAAGAAAGGAGCAGUGGAUAAAACUGUUUAUAAGAAAUACGUUCUUUUCGGAGGGGGCUUCUUGAUUUUAUUGAUAAAUCUGAUCCUUAUAGGUUUGAAUCAAACUGCUGAAAGUUAUUCUGAAAAAUUAAUAUCUGUUUGGACUGACGAAAAACAACAUGUUCUGGGACUCAAAUCUAAUAUCACAGCAUCAAGGGAAAAUAUUUCAAUUGUACAUCCAGCUCUAGAGAUUGCAGAAUCUCAGGCUGCCUCUACAUUUAAAAUGUACUCAAUCAUGUUGGCAGUAUCAGUUACUAUUGAACUUAUAAGGACUUAUACGUUUCUAGAUUUUUGUAGAAGAGCUUCAAUAAAAAUCCAUAAAGCUAUGGUUCGAAAUGUGCUUGAAGCUGUUAUGACAUUUUUUGAUUCGCAUUUCAUUGGAAAUAUUUUAAAUAGAUUUUCACAAGAUAUUAUUAAUGUUGAUGAGAAUUUGCCAUUUCAACUAAGCGGAUGUCUAGGAGUAAUUUUUCGAGUUGGAGGAGCAGUAAUCCUAUUGAUCUCAGUAAAUGCUUACUUUUUAAUUUAUUCCGUUGUUUUUUUCUUUGCUAUGAUGGCUCUUUUAAAAUUAUACCUGCCCAUUGCAAGGAACCUGCAAAGACUUGAAGCCUCAACUCGAAGUCCUAUGUUAGGCCACUUAAACGCAGCCUUAGAAGGAAUGACAACAAUAAGGGCUUAUAAAAUGGAAAACAUGGUCGUAGAGGAAUACGAAAAACACCAAGAUGUUUUCACUUCAGCACAUUAUACAUUAUUGUGUUAUCAAUACGGUUUUGGAUUUUUUAUGCAAAUGCUAGCUGCAACUAUGAUAACCAUGGUGGUUAUAAGUUUUAUUUUUUUCGAAACAGGAGCUUCGGCUGGUAGUAUCGGUUUGGGAUUAACCCAAGUAAUCAGUUUAGGUUCUAUAAUUCAAGAAACGGUAAAGUCUUGGGCAGAUUUGGAAAACAUGAUGACAGCUACUGAAAGAGCAUUGGAAUAUACGAAUAUUAAAACAGAAAAUAAAGAUGGAAUAUUGGUUAAAAACUGGCCGAAUGAUAAAAAGAUCAAAUAUGAAAAUGUAUCUUUGACUUAUAAUAACAAUGAAAUUGUACUAAAUAAAUUAAAUUUUGACAUAUUAUCUAAAGAAAAAGUUGGAGUUGUAGGUCGAACUGGAGCUGGAAAAUCUUCUAUAAUUUCUACGAUCUUUAGAUUAUACGAAGUAGAAGGAGAUAUACUAAUAGAUGAUAUUAAUAUUAAGACCAUUUCUUUAAACUACCUCAGAAGAAAUUUAGCUAUUAUCCCUCAGGAUCCGUUCUUAUUUUCUGGAACAAUUCGAUCGAACCUGGACCCGUAUGGAAACUUUAACGAUAAUGAUCUUUGGAAUACUUUAGAAAAAGUGCACUUAAAACGUUUUAUUGCAGAUUUGGAUAUGGAAGUGAAAUCGGGUGCUUCUAAUUUCAGUUUGGGUCAAAAACAAAUGAUCUGUGUAGCUAGAGCCAUAUUAUCUAAAGCGAAAAUAGUAAUUUUAGAUGAAGCUACUGCUAAUAUGGACCAAGAAACCGAGAAUUUAAUUCAUAAAGCUAUUAGAGACAACUUUUCUGAUUGUACAGUGUUAAUAAUUGCUCACAGAUUGGAGUCAAUUCUAGAAUGUGAUAAGGCAAUGGUAUUGGAUCGCGGUGAAAUAAAAGAAUUUGACAAACCUGAUAUUUUGUUAAAUAAUAAAAAUAGUUUGUUUACCAAAAUGAUUCAGCAAGCAGAUAUUUCUAAAUAAACAUAUUUCGUUUGUUACGCUUUUUAUGUUUUCGGUAUUUAUAUAAAUACAUUAUGUAUUUUUUUGUUAA